AUGUGGGCUAUCGGUGGUUGGUUAAUAUACGUCUACAUCCGUGUGAAGGGUGCGCCUUGCAUGCCUGGAGAAACUAAGAUCGGCAAGACACUGCAAAAGCUUAAGAAGGCGACUUCAGAUUCUGAUGUGAAGAAGAAAUGCAUGGACAUCAUAGCCGACUGGAAGAAGAUUGCUGGUGCGGGCGGAGCUGCCCUGUCCUCGCAGCCUUCCGUGGCGAGUGCACCUCCUGCCACUGAGAGCUCAGUCCCAACGACAAGUCCGAAACCACAGCCCAAGGUAAAGCCAGAACCACCCAAGCCCGCGGCACCAGCACAGCCCACGAACAACGCAAUAAAACGAAGGGUGUCUGUGGAAGUGGCGGGAGUGGUGAAGACUGGCAACGCUACACGCGACACGUGCCGGACUAUGCUGGCGAAUGCACUAAAGACAGAUGAGAAUGCCAGUCAGUACGAUGUUGGGAAUAUCGCCUCCUCUUUGGAGACUGCCAUAUUCGAGCUCCACCCCGGGGUUGACCAAAAGUACAAAAACCUAGUCAGGAGUAGACGUUCAAAUCUACAAGAUGUAAAGAACCACGACCUACGCAAACGGGUGCUGGAGGGCGACAUCUCAGCCAAACAACUGGCCACCAUGUCCACACAGGAACUCGCCAACAAAGACAUCCUAGCGGAGAUUGAGCGCGCGAAGAAAGAGGCGGAGAUGGAUGCACAGAUUGGCAAUGUGGCGAAUCGCACACAGACACACCAGUUCCAAUGUGGCAAGUGCAAGAAAAACGAUACCUCCUUCUUCCAGAUGCAGACACGCAGUGCCGAUGAGCCCAUGACGACGUUUGUAACCUGUAAUGUGUGCGGCAACAAGUGGAAGUUCUGUUGAAGGGGCUGUAGAGGAACGGCUUCUCUUUGGCUGCACUUAGACGGCUCGUACCCGCAUCUCUCGUGAAACAGUCCAAACCCAAUACACCGCCACACCACCACUUGACACUA